UAGGGCAGAGAGACCAGACUCCUCUCUCUCUCUAGAAACUUCUAGACGUUGCUCCUUCGAUUUUCUCGAGAAAAUUUUUUCUAUGAAGUGAGAGAAACAUGGGGGUCUCCUUCAAGGUUGCGAGAAUGGGGACGAGGUACAGGCCGAAGUCGCUUGUGAUCGAGGAUAACAAUGGCGACGAUAAUGUUUUGUUCGAGUCUCAUCAGAGAGCCAAUGAGGGAAAUUUUGCUGAGAUUGGUGAACAGGUUUCUGAUCUUCCAAAUGUUUCGGUCAAACCUCGACGGCAGCACUUAACUUCAGAUGACAUUGAGGUGUCCUUUUCAUUGAAUCUCUUUCCAAAUGGCUUUUCUAUUGGAAAAGUGUCUGAGUUAUUCAAUAAUAUACCAGAGCAACUGUAUCCAUAUGAUAGGGAAUCGGAGACACUCAUCUCUGCUACAAGCUACACUCUCAAUGAGAUGCCUACAAUAAAUGUGGCCUUGUUACUAAUAUGGAAACCUGCAAUUGAAUACGGUUGGUUACCUGGAGAUACACUGGACAAUUUACCCUUCAAAUAUGUUAAUGGAUCCAUUCUAUGUCAGAUUCGAGAUUAUCGUAAUUGUUUGUUCCAUGAAGGAGGUAUCCGUUCUUCUCAAAACAAUCCUAUUGUUCAUAGAGUGAUCCUACAGAUGUGUAUGGAAAAUGUUGUCAAGGAUAUUAUGUCAAUAUCAGAUGAUUCUUGGACCUACAAGAAUCUCUUGGACUUUGAAUCCCACGUUCUCAAGGCUUUGCAACCUGAUCUUUUUCUGAAUCCAUUGCCAUUUCCGUACAAACAUUGUAGAGAACCCCUAGCUAAGAAGGUCAACUUGGAAAUUGCAUGGAGCUGGAAAAGGAGAGAGCAGCAUAAUGCACGAGCUUCCAAUCAGGUCUUCAGCUACUCAUCUCAUGUAACUGAAGUGCCAGACAAUUCUGCUCGACAGAAUCCCAACUUUCAAACCAGUCUUGUGCAUCAGGACAGAGGAGUUAUGUGGGCUAAGGAAAAUAUUCCAACUUCAGUUCUGAUUCAAGAGAGCGACCUUCUACAAGAGACGAACUCGGAUUCCUAUUUGUUGACAUCACAGCCAAGCUAUCAGUAUCAAGAGAAUAGAGACCUGUCUGCUUUGCAAGAGCUGCCCACACCCAAUGUUUUUGCGUUUGAAAGAAGUUCAAGUAAGAGCACUUCUGAGCUGACACCCAGUUUGUCAAAUCGCGGUGUCAAGGGAAGAUGUCGAAAACAAGCAAUUCAAAGCUCUAAGAAACAAAAGAAACAGACUGUGCACUGUUCUUUCCAGCAGUUGCCUGAAAAAACAAUUGAAAUCAGUGCUCCACUUCAGCUACAGUGGAAGGAUACUUCGUCGCACCAGCAUGUUGAAGCAGGAAGAGAUCUUCAGGAAAUAUUUCAGGGCAAAGCUUGUCACUCGCAAUUCAUUAAAAAUGGUCAGCAUGCAAAUCAUGAAGAUACCCCAAGAAAUUCACAGGCUGGAUCAGCUACUUCUACUGUAAAGCUUGAGCCUGCUGAAGCUUGUUACCCCAGUCCGGAAUUGUGGAGGAUAAAGGAUAACUGCGUUGGUAAGGACAAGAGAAUUAGACAAUCUGAUGGCUUACAAUCACAAAACAAACAAUCAUCACAUUUGAUAAAGACCAACAACCCUCUUUUGGAUACCUCGCGGAAUGCUACCAGUAAAAGGAAAAGUUUGGAGAAUCCUCAGUUAACGUAUGAUGGAGGUGCCCUGGCAAGUUCUCAAAACGUUGAUUCUCUGCAAGCAGAGGCAUCAGCUCCUUCUAGGUGGAAAACAAAUCCUCCCAAGGGCUUCAGUGGAAAUGUAGUUGAUUCAAGUGUUAACAUGAGUAAUGCUAACAUGGCCGAUGCAAAGAGUCUUUUAGAGGGGAAUCAUCUUGUAUCCCAGUCUUUAGAAAUUAAGAGUGAUCCUGUCUUGGAAAGGUUACGAAAGAUAGGAGGAGUGACUCAGAGGUACGAAUUGAGCAAGAAGCGCAAACUGGAUCAGAAUUUGGAGAGGAAACCAUUUUCUGAUGCAAUUCCAAUGAUUGCAUUCCACCUCUCAAAUUGUGAGGAUGGUAUAAGGUCAGAAGAGACGGCAAAGGAUAAAGUUUCUUUGUCCAAGCACUCCAUGGGUAGAGAUAAUGUGUCUAAUUCUAGAACAUUGUUGUUUAUACGUAAUUCGUCUCCAUGCUACCAAGGAGAUGAUAGAGUGGAUCAGGUGAGAUUUGUCCUAAAACAGAAACUUAACAAGGACACAGUGGAAGCAAAUAUUGUGUAUGGAUGUGAAGAUGAGACUAAUUCCAUUGUGUUCAACAUCUUGCCAGCCUUUCCUAAUGUUCAAACUGCGGACCUUUUUGCUUCCCAGUUCACUUCCGUGAUGGCUCGUGAAGGAUAUGACCUAUACAGUGAUAUAGUAGGGCCUAUGGCUGCCAACACUGGAUGUAGCUCAAAAGGUCAACAGCCGAGCAAUACUGUCCAUCAAUCAGAUGUAAUAUUUGGGCUACCAUCGUCCUCAUCGAACCCAGGGUUGACACAUUACAUGCCCAGUCCCAUGCCAGCAAACAUGUCAGCUCAUAACUCCUGGCAACUCCCAUUGAAGAAAACUUCCCCUGCAGCACAGUUGCUCCUUCCGGGAAAUAUACAGUCAUCAUCUCUAGAGUUCACAAGUAACUGUCCACCCGACUCAAACCUUGACAUCGCUUCACAAUUCAGCUCCAUGCCACUGCAAAUGCAUGAAAUUAUGAGAGGACGUGCCCAUAUACAACCGCAGGUACAACAAUUAGUGGCACAUCAAGAGCAAGUUCGGCUGAGGAAGGCUAUGUUGGGAGGUUCUGGCACGAGUUAUGGUGGAUCGGGUACGCUUCAACGUGGUAAUGGAGUUCAGGGCCUUGGCAAUUUCUGGCUUGCUUCCUCUGAUAAUCUUACAGGCAACGGCAUGGCUUCCAGACCUAGAGUAUUAGGAGGUCGUAUGCCUUCGACUGGAAAUAUAGGUCCAGAAAACAACCGUUGCAGCAUAUUGGGUAUAAAUGACGGUAAGCAGCUUAUAGGUUCAACUUCAGACUAUAUGGCUGCAACUUCCUUGAAGCCGGGGACAGCGGAGGGCCAAUGGAGAGGCUCCGUAAGUCGAAUUCUGAUCCAAAGAAGUGACCUCUUGGCGCCAAUGAACAACAUGCCAGAAGCGCCGGAAAAACCAUGUAGCUUAAGCAGCCAGCAACAACAACUGCUACAGAUGUAUCAGGCUCAGCAAGAAAUGAAGUGGUCACAUCAAUGUAUGCUGCUGCAGCAACAGGAUAUGGGAUUGUCAGUCCAGAAUCGCGGAUUGAUCAACUUAGCUAAGCAAGUGGGCUCAUCUUCAGGUCAAGUUAGCCCGCAGCGAUAUGCUCGAUGGCUUCAAAUCAACCAUCAAGAACCAAACCCUGGAUCAGUUGGAAGAGAUGGAGAAUAGGGACUUUAUGGGGUCUCAUGGAAUAGUGGAGAGAGGCCAUGGAUGGACGUAAACAAAAUAUAAAUUCUAGUGUGAAGCUUUCUGGUUUGACAAAGGGGUGAGGUAAAUACUAAACUUAGGAGGUAGUGAUAACACAGACCUUUUUAUCUUACAUUUUUUAUAAGCAUUUACCAAGAAGAAAAGAUGAAUAUAUAUAUAAUUUUUUUUUUGGCUAAGCUUUAACGCCAUCCUUGUUGAUUAAAAAGCCAAGAUUGGUGUGUAAAUGUUGUGUAGUAUUUUGCUACUAAGUCCAUGUAAAUGAGCGAUGGGUUAACUUUGAGGAUGCAUAAAGGAUGUUAGUCUCAUGCAUGUUCACUUAUGCGUAA